AUGACGAGCAUCGACGAUCUGUUCAAAGGCGCAAACGGCGCGACGAAGCGCAAAUUCGAGAAUCCCCGCGAAGCCAACCCAACACAAGCCUACAAGUCUGUCAAAUUAAGUCCCGAAAGCGACGUCAAGCACGCAGCAACGGUGGCCGAUGAGGAAGACGACGACGACGAAGCUGGCCCUUCACUCCCCCCAGACUUCGAAGAGGACGGACCCGGCGACGAUGAUGAAGGCCACUUCUUCGGCGGAGGACUCGAUGAGGACGCGAAAGAUGCCAUGGACUACCUAGACGCACAAGACGGGGAAGAUGCCAUAAAAGACGAGAAAUACGACAGUGCCUGGCUGCGCAAGCUGUGUUUGAACUUCGAGAAGAGGGUGAACAGGAACGCAUCGCUGCGCGCCAAGUACGAAGACGAUCCCACAAAGUUCAUGGAGUCGGAGGGUGAUUUGGACGAGAGCAUAAAGAGCUUGAGCACGCUUUCGGAGCACGCAGAGCUAUACGAAGAGUUUGCGAAGAACACGGCGGCGGCAAAAUUGGUGGAGCUUCUGGCGCACGAAAAUACGGACAUCGCCAUCGCUGCGAUUGAGAUGGUAUCAGAGCUCACAGACGAGGACGUGGCAGGAGAACAGGAGCAGUGGGAUGCGCUCGUGGCGGCAUUCCUCGAGGCCGACCUGCUGAGCCUGCUGGUGUCCAACUUCUCCCGCUUCGACGAGACCGACUCCGCCGACGCAUCGGGCGUCUAUCACUCCCUCAGUGUCAUCGAGAAUCUCCUAUCGCAACCCUCGAAUACAGACCUGAUUGGCAAAGAAGCCGCGCUGGUCAAGUGGCUGCUGGAACGGGUACAGAAGCCCGAAAAGCCUACCACACAGAACAAGCAGUAUGCUUCCGAGGUCCUCUCCAUUCUCACACAAUCAUCACGACCGAAUCGGAUACACAUCGCCGAGGCCAACGGUGUCGACAUCUUCCUGACUAGUCUUGCGCCAUAUCGGAGAGACGACCCGGAGAAGGACAGCGACGAGGAAGAAUACAUGGAGAACAUGUUCAAUUGCCUCGCGUCAAUCACCGAAGAGCCAAUAGGCAAGGCGAAGUUCUUGGAGGCCGAGGGUGUUGAGCUGUGUCUACUCUUGGUGAGAGACGGAAAAACGAGCAAGAGCCGGUCAUUGAAGGUGCUGGACCAUGCAUGUGGCUACGCCGAGGAUGCGCCACCAGAAAAAACGCAAACAAACGGUGCAAGUUCAAAAGCGAAAGUUCCAGACGAGCCGUCGCCAAACAGCGCCAUGGCCGUUUGCGAGAAGCUCGUGGAAUCAAGAGGCCUAAAGCCACUCUUCAGCACAUUCAUGAAGACGAAGAAGCACGACCCCGAACAGACCGAACACAUCCUCGGCAUAUUUGCUUCUCUACUCCGCUCAUUGCCAGGCAACUCAGACGCACGUUUCCGACUACUUGCAAAAUUCCUCGAGAAGAAUUACGAAAAGAUCAACAAACUAGUUGCGCUCAGACGAGACUACGCCAGCCGCGUAGCAGCCUUCGACGACAAGCUGGCAGACCGGAAACGAGGACUGUCCAAAGAAGAGCAAGACGAUCUUGAACUGGAGAAUGUUGCGACUCGGUUGAGUGAGGGUUUAUACUGUCUCGAGCGCAUCGAUGCAAUCCUGGCAUGGCUGGUCGCGGAAGACGACGGAGCUAAGACUGCUAUCAUUCAAGCGCUGGGCGAUCGAGACGAGGGCCUGGGAGACUUGAAGAAGACGCUUCAAGCACAACUCGAUGGAAAUAUGGAAGUUGAACGCGCGGAGCGAGAAAUGCUGGAGACGCUGGUUGGAUUUCUGGAUUGA